CAAAACGAAACCUUAAAUUAAAAACCCUUGUUGAAACCUCAGACAUUCAGCUUUUGUCUGUCCUUCGAAAGUCCCUUCCUUCCUUCACACCAUGUCUCUGACACCCGUAUCUUUGCUCACUCUCUCUCUCCUCCUCCUUCUUCCUCUCACAGCCACCUCAUCCCUCCACAACCUCCUCCAAAGCCAAGGCCUUCCAGCUGGGCUCUUCCCAGACAAUGUAAAGUCUUACAAUCUUGACCCGAUGGGUCGCCUGGAGGUUCAUCUAGACUGUUCAUGCAUGACCAAGUUUGAGACCAGGGUCUACUUUGAGAACAUAGUCAGAGCUAAUCUCAGCUAUGGUGGUCUAAGAGGCUUGGAGGGUCUGAUCCAAGAAGAGCUUUUUCUCUGGCUUCCAGUGAAGGGAAUUUCAGUGAGUGAUCCAUCCUCUGGUCUAAUUUUGUUUGACAUUGGUGUUGCCCAUAAGCAGCUUUCUCUGUCUCUCUUUGAAGACCCUCCUGUCUGUAAGCCUGAAGCUCAAGGAAUUUUCUCAAAGAAGGAUGGUGGGAGGAAGAUUGGAUUUCAGGCCCAGAGAUGAAGGAUUGAUCUUUUCAGUUGACAGAUAAUUUUCUCCUCUUUUGUUUUUGGUUUUUGUGCUUUUCAAUUUUGAAAAAAAAAAAAGGUGUUAUGUUCAUAGAAGCUGUUAAGAUUGUAAAAAAAAGAAGGGAAAACUGAGUGUAAGUUUUGGGAUUUCCCUCAAGGAAAAAGUGAUGAGGAUUGGAAAUUUUGGGGUUUUAUAUUGUCUCAGUAGUUACUUUGUCACUAAGCCUUAAAUAUUGGUUAGCUGUUUUGUGGUAUUUGCUUUUGAGUUUAUGUCUCAACCAGAUUGUUGACCACCUUAGUGGGAUCAUUCUGUCCCUUCUGUUCCUAACCAAAUGUCUCAAGGCCAGCAGUUUGCCAUUUCUUUAAUCAGUACAGUAUAUAUGAAGAUGAAGCAUAAAUGA